UCGGGGCCACUUCACCAGACACUACCACUUUACAAGCUUACAAAAUGUGCGCAAAAUCUAUUUUGUUCUUAUUUUCUAUUUUAUCGACUUACGUAGACUCAGCUUCGUUUGACCAGCGUCAGACUGGAAACUUGAACGUGCAAGUAGAUUUGAAGGACAUCCAAAUUAUUGCUUUGAUGAAGGGCGGCAAGGAAGAAUAUGUGGAUUACGACUAUGCCUACGAUUACUCAGAGAUGACGAUAAGACCGCAAAACGGUUCGACAACACCGAGACCGUUAAACGCAACCACUGAUGCUGAAAAUGAUUCAACUAUUACCACCACUGUAUCCGACCAGUCCACUGAGGCGAUAAAAAAUGAUACGUGGUCGAGUGCUGAGACUACACUGGCACCUACCGCGGUGAGCCAGCAAGACACGUCUUCGUCAACAGAAAAAAGUGCCGAAGUCUUCGCAGCAACGGCAUCUACUCCGCCAAUUCCUAAUGAUAAAAACAUCACAGUAAUACAGACUGCCUCAAAUAGCACGGAAUGUAAAAAAGGCUUUAUUCUUAACAUCAAAGGUGAUUGCGAACUCAAAUUGCAGGGCACCGGAAAUGCGUUGCUGAAGUUGGUUAAAUUAUCCCAGAGAUUAAAACUUAAGAGAGAAAAUCGAAGAAAUCAAAAUCAUUCAACAUAAGCUACCGGACUACAUAAUGUCAUUUUUAAUAUAAUAAUAUUUAGUGCUAGUUGUGUACAUUAGCUUAUACACAUCUGUGACAAAGACUGCAAGAAUAAAAUUUAGUUAAAAUUAAUUCUGUGUUAUAAAUACAUAUUUUCCUUUAGUAUGACUUGCAUUAUAAGUAUGAGGAAAACUGUAACCAAGAAAUUCUAGCCAAGUAUGUUAUAUUUUGGACAAUCAUGCUUAUUAUUAAUUGUGAUCACUUGCACUGGCAAUAUGUGAAAGUUAAUAAUUAUUACCACGGGUACCAUGCUCGGUUGUCAGUAAAGGUGUUAAGAGUCUGUGCGGAAUGAGAAUGUGGUAUACAAGAAAACCAAUACAUUCUAUGACCCUCUUUCUGCACAGACUCUAACAUUUUUAUAGAAAGAAUGGUAAUGGAAAUUACACAUUUAUUUAUUUAUUUAAUCUUUAUUGCACAAUACAUGAAGGUACAAAUGGCGGACUUAAUGCCUUAAGGCACAUUUGCAUAGUAUAGCUUUAAUGA